AGUAUUACAAUAGUUCACAGAACUGUAUUUUUUAUCAAAUAAAUGCUACCUUAAUGAGCAUCACAGACUUAAAAAUAAAAAAAAAUCGGUAUAUGCCUAGUAUAUUAAAUAAAUAAUUUGUGCAAACCUAACUGUUGCCCUCUAGCUGCAUUAGGUACAGUGUCAGUCACAGCAUGUCUUGUUAUUUGCUAACCCUGUUGUAUAUAUGUUCACACAGUUCAGUUUUCAUAAGGGUUCAUCUUGACACUGAUCAGGCCAGCUGUGGUCAUGAUGUGUCAAGAAACAUCUUGACUUUUCUUUCAGCCUCUCCUCCUCAUCAUACACCCUGUUCUGUUAACACACUGCCAUUGCCACUUCAUUUAUAAUGAGGACACUCAUCCACACUCCUCCCUUUUUCCAUCUCUCUGUCUCUGGUUUCACUGCUCAUCCUUCGAAAUGCCUGGACCGAGUGAAAGACAAGAGCCCCAUCCCAUGAAUUAUGCAUCGCUGCUAUAACUGUUAUGGAGGAGUCCGAGAUGAGGAAGUCAGUAAGAUGGAAAGAGACGAGCAGAGUUCCUCAGACCGCAGAGGACAUCAUUACGUCUUACCUAACAGCCUCCGAUGAGAAUCAGAACAAACUGCAGGAGGCAGAGAUCAUGGACUUGCAAGCGGUUAAACUCGACUCAGAGAACGGGAACAGAGAGGAGAGCUUUCCAACAAACAUCAAGAGCCAUAACUGCUCUUUAGAUCAUGGUCGUCUCUCUGGGAUUGUGCCACCUGGGCCUAGUCCUUCUCUUCUGGCUUCACUGCAGUCCCUUGUUGAACACAAUGAUCACAUGCUCCUCCCUCAUUCCUUACACCAGAUAGCGGAGGGCUACUUCCUUGAAAAGGACUAUCAGUGGGCAGUGGAGUUUCUUCAUCUGGAGAAGCUGUAUCAUGAAAGACUGCUGUCUAAUCUGGCCUCCAUACAAGAGAAAUGGGAGUCCCAGAGGAAAAUCAGCAUCUUAACUGAAAAUAACUCUCCUUUAAACUCUAAUGGAACUGACAGAGAGAGAGAGAGAGAGCAUAUGGAACUGUUGAGUCAUAUCUGCAAAACACACCAGAGACCUAACCUCUCUUUGGAAAAGAACAUGGACGACAUAAAACUACACAACAGCCCAGCUCUUGUUUCAAAACACAGAAGAUCAAAACAAGAACACGCUUCAGUGAACUCAUCCCAGAGAGAGAACCGGGCGGAGGACUGCUCAUGGCCAGAAGCUGAACAGGAGCCAGAAGAGGACUGUGAAGUGAAUGAGGAGGAGGAGGAGGAGGACGAGGAAGGUCUUGAGGAGGAUGAGUUCUGGAAUGAGGAGCUGCAGGAUGACACAGUCGUCGACGGCCAGGUUCCUGUGGAUGAGCCGGCCAGCCUUAUUCAGGUAGAAGAGAGGAUUCCCUCAGAUGGCUUAGUGUCUAUUUUAAAGAAGAGAGAAACAAAGAAAGCUGCACUGCUAAAAGACUCAACUAAACGCAGGGUCCGCUUUAGAGAGCAGGGCAAUGCUUUCGAUCAAGAUGAGUCGCCCAGAAACUCUUGCCUGAUCCUUCUCGUCCUGUGUCUGGUUACUGUGGUGAUCAGCACGGGUGGGACUGCGCUUUAUUGUCUCGUUGGAGAGGCGUACUCAAACGUGUGCGCUGACUUCUCGCAAAACGUGGACUUUUACUUUGGACCUGUACGACGAGGAGUGGAAGCUCUCGCACAGUGGCUCUCUACUGAUGCAUCAUAGCAGCUGUUUCAUGCAGUGGAACUUGCAUUAACAACAGUAUUCCUCUUGAGAUAAUAUGCACUAACGCACAUUACCAGACUGGCCUUAAUAAAUGUUGCUUUAGUGAUUCA